AUGACAUGUACACAGAUCAAUUUGCGGUUUUUGUGGGAAAGCAAACAUCAUUAUGAGAUGCUGAUGAGGGAUAUUAAAAAAGAUUGUGGAAUCCACAGGCCAAAGCCGCAAUCGAGAGUAAAAAAUCCGGUUUACGAGUAUCGGAACAGUGGGGCUCGAAUGUGUGUUUUUAGGUUUUGUUUCAGAUCAGUUGAUAGUUUUUUUCGGUCACUUCUGACAUUUGAGCUGACUGAAUAUUAA